GAGUUGGUAAAGCAUCACAUUGGAGAGUACAGCACAUGGAGAACACCUAUCUCAGAUCAGUUCUCCUCCCUGUCUGAUGACGAGGUGUGCGUGUUAUUCUGUUUUCUGUGCUCUGACUCCGGUACCCCCGACUUUACUGAUACAGACUGUCUGUACAUUCUUAAUGAUAUACGACAGUGGAUAUACAGUAAGGACAGUGUAACAAGUGAGGAGACUCAGCGGACUCUGGACGGACUGAAGUCACGUGGAUUUCUUUGGGAUCAGGACGGAGUAGACAUCACUGAGGACGCCAAGGACGAGACCAUGUACCGUGUUACAGAACGUGUUACAGAACGUAGUGUUUCACUGUUCUACGUGUAUGAGUUAUACAGUUAUACUACAACAGUGAGAUAUCUGAGAUUACAGAGAUACACCAGGAAGUCUGGAGAGAAAUGUGUCAUUAGUAACGACUCGGACUGUGAUUCCGUACUCAUACACCGCCUACAGAUGAACAUACUGACCCACGUCACCAUGGAGGACACGGGUAUCUGUGAUAAAGUGUCACGUUACUUGAGCAUCCCUCUAGAUAAAACACGCAUGAGUGAGGGUGAACGAGGAGCGUUUUUAGAGGAAUUACAGAAGACCGGGGAGUGUGUACAAUCACAGGGCAGUGUACAACACGUCAAGUGGCUCUGGAGAUACGAGAGAAAUGACAUCGUGAGAUCCUGUAUAGGUCUCCACCCACACUGGGAUAUUUACAUCAUCAACAACACGGCUUACAGAAAACACAGUCAGUACCACGACCGUCCUCCAGCUGAACGUUGUCUCCUGUACUGUCUUCUGAUGGUGGGCGACUACACCGUCAAGGUCAAGGACGAAUCUCACAUCAGGAUGUACAAUGCGAUCAGAGAACGAUACUUUACAGAACUACCUGUUUGUGAGAAAAUCACCGCCGCCGACAAUCCCGAGGAAAUCAUUCACGUGGAAAACGACGUAAUCAAGUUUAACCCAUCCGACAUCCGACAUGACGUCAUGUACGCGUUCAUUACAGAGUGUCUGGUUGAGGACAGUGAUCUGAAGUUUUUCUUGACCACGGCGUCACCUCACGUGAUAUCAGAAUACUGCCGGUCGUGGGAUUAUAAGCGGAGUGAGGGAGAGCGAUGUCUGUAUAUACCGGGGUAUUUGGAUGAGAUGUACGACCUGUUCGUAGACAGACUACAGCUGGAUAUCCUCACACACUGUACCGUGUCAGACAGGGGGAUUCAUCACAGUAUCAGUAAACGUUUGCGCAUUCCCGAGGAAGUUGUGUCAUGGAGUGACAAGGCAAGGAGGAGAUUUGUGGACAAUUUUCGUAAAGGCAGCAUCGAAAUGUUCCGUGCUAGAUGUAUGCUUGUUGGCUGUGCCGGGGCAGGAAAGACGACCAUUCUCAGAAGACUCCAACGAAAUCAGACGGAAGACCUGAAUACCAAAACGAAAACUACAAUUGGCCUCGAAGUCCAUAACGACAUAUUUGAAAUAGUUUCGGACAACCUAGAAGAUUUCAAACAGAAUAGCAAAUCCGGAAAGGACGAUACUACAGCUAGUCUACAUGAGAAUAAACGACUCAUCAGCAUGACAGAUUUCGCUGGUCAAGUGGCCUACUAUGCCUGUCAUCAAAUAUAUUUGUCAAGAAGGGCGUUUUAUCUCUUGGUCAUUGAUAUGUCAAAAAAUCUGAAAAAGGAAGCAUAUGAUCUAGAGAGACACAAUCCGAUUGGUUCACUGUUCGAGAAAUGGACUUACGAACAAUAUUUUGUUUUCUGGUUGCAAUCCAUCAAAACCUACUGUGACGACAAAAAGAUGAAAGAAAAAUUCGGCGACCGUGCAAGCGCAAAUCGGGUGAUAUUGAUAGCAUCACACAGGGACCAACUAGAAAAGGAAAAUGUGAGAAAACCCGAGAAUCCUGCCAACCGUAGCAUGAUUGAAUAUCCGUUUUAUGAGGAGUUGGAAAAAUGCUUGCCUAAAGAACAUACAUUAGGGGGUCUUAUUUCACCCGAAAGGUAUUUCGAAGUUGAGUGUCCACCUAGAUCUCUUUCUAAAGAACAAGAAGAUAGCAUCGAUAAAGUCAGGAAGUGCAUUGUUCAGACAGCAACGAGUCUUCCCCACUGGGGAGAAAAAAUACCAAUCCAAUGGUCGUAUUUUGAGCAAAUUGCUCAUAAAUAUAAGAAAUAUGAGAAAAUUCUCAAAAGAAAGGACUUGUGGGAUAUGGAUAAAAUUCAAUUUUCAGAUGAGAAUGAUAUGGAUGACAUGCUUCGGUUUUAUCAGGAAAUAGGGCAAAUCAUCUACUUCUCAGACGAGGGGCUGCGAGAUGUGAUUAUUCUGGAUGUCCAAUGGUUUGUAGAUGCCUUUAAAGCUAUCAUCACAGAUCCAACGCAUGUGCAUGGUUUUACUCAGAAAGUGAAGGAUUGGGAGGACUUUAGAGACACCGGCAAAUUGUUUGAUGCGACUUUAUGCGAAAUAUGGAAGAAAAAUUACGGUACAUCUUAUAUCAAACACAAAGACGAAAUCAUGGCAUACAUGGUAAAGCUAGGAAUACUGGCUGAGGUUGAGUCGCAAGACGAGACGCCAUUUUAUUACGUCCCUAGUAUCAACAAGAGGGAUCUUAAAGAGGAAGAUAAGGAAAUCAUUGAUGCAGGAAACAAGACACCCUUGUUUAUAUUCUAUUUUAGAGAUUACCUGCCCCAUUUCUUCUUUUAUCGCCUGUUUGUUAAUUGUUUCCGGAAAUGGAAUCAACUCGGAGAUGAUUUGUUCUUUAAAAAUGCUGCCUUUUUUAAGGUUAAAGAUGAGGACCAUAGGAUCGCUAUUGCCAUCAGCAAAACGUCAAUCCAGUUGCAAGUAUUUACACCAGAAGAAAAUAUCGAGCUGAAAGAAGAGGAAACAAAGGGCAUAAGGUCGGCUGUAGAGGACCUGAUCAAUGAAAUUGCCACCACAUUCCACGAAAAAGUAAAUUGCGAAAAGGGAUUUACUUGUAGGGAUCUUAAUAUAACGGAUGAAGAUGAGGAUAUGUUUCUACCUGAAGAAGACGUGGCUUGUUUAAAAACUAGCAGUAGACCUUGUCCGAGACAUCUUAAGAAAGUCGAGCGCCAUCGCAUAGAUAGAGAUAGUCUUCUUAAGUAUUGGUACAUGGGCGCAAAUCCCAGUACACCACAGCGGGAGAGUACGUAACAACAUAUUUCGAGAAAAACCUGCUGCAGCCUGCAUGGUGCUUUGGUAUUUUGACCGAUGUAUAGAUAUUUCACUAAUCAUUUGAAGUGACACAAAUUAACUCCAGUUUGUGAUAUUGUUUGCUAUUUCACCUUAAGGACCAGCCUAUUAGAUAAGGGUCCAAGAAAAUCAACAUAACACCCAAAGUCAAUAAAAGCGUGCAAUUGAGGGUUUCAAAAUCAUAGUUUAUCGACCAUUCAAAAUAUAUAUGGUAACAUGCGUUUAUUAAUGGUAAGUAUCUGUUGAACACUCACCUCAAAUUGUUUCAAGUUAAGUAUGACAGAAUUUUUUUUACAGUAGGUCAAAGUAUGGUAUAUGUUUCGAGAUUUUUCUCACAUGUAACCUUGUUACUGAGUCCUUGACAUGAUAAUAUUUAAGAUAAACAUUAAUUUUCCAUGUAUUAUUCCAUAAUUUGUAUUGGAAUUGACUGAGCAUAUAUUUUUCUAAUUUGCGAAAGACAAUAAAUACAUGUUUUCAAAGAAAAUAUUUAAUCAACACAACAAGAAAUUAUCUGCUGUAAAAG